AUGAUAAAUAGUCAAUCAAGAGAAAGAUUGAGAGACAAUGUUAGUGUUAAUGACGGUAGUGUUAGUGGUAGUGUUAUAAAUAAUAGUAAUAUAAGUAGUAGUAGAAGUAAUAGUAAUAGUAGUAGCAGUAGUAAUAAUAAUAAUCACAAUCAUAAUAAUAAUAACAAAAAUAAUAAUAAUAAUAAUAAUAAUAAUAAUAAUAAUAAUAAUAAUAAUAAUAAUAAUAAUAAUAAUAAUAAUAAUAAUAAUAAUAAUAAUAAUAAUAAUAAUAAUAAUAAUAAUAAUAAUAUAAAGAUUUUAUUACCAGGAUAUAAUUAUGAAAUAAAUGAUAGAUUUAUAAUAGAGUUUGGAAGUGGUGAAAAUGGUAUUGGAUUUAAUACAACGUUACCACCAGAUUUACAACCAUUUUUUAAUUCACCCAAUGAAUAUAGAACAAUUAUAAAUUUAAUAAAUCGUUAUAAGGCAAAAUCAAUCACAACUUUUACAAUUUUAAUAUCAUUACAUCUUGUUGUGAUUAUGCCUUUUAUAUUUAUUUUAAUAUUUUUUGGUGUAUCAAAAGAACGUUACAAAGCUGACAAAGCUCCAUUUUUUGUUAGUAUUGCUUUGUUGGCCAUUUUAUUUAUAUCUGUUUUUGUAAUGUUUAAAAUUAGAACAAAAUAUAUUAAAAAAGAUAUUGAAGAAUAUCAUAGUCAAAUUACAAAUAGAUAUGCUAUAAGAGGUUUACAAUUUGUACCGACAUUAGUUUUAAAAAGAAGAAAUUUUUUAUUUAUUUUUAAAGAAGUUUUUCAAACUGAAACAGUAAUAAUUUACCCACAAAAAAUUAAUAAUAAUAAUAAUCAAAAUAAUAAUAAUAAUAAUAAUAAUUUAAAUAUAAAUUCAUCAAAUAGUUCUAACCAUAAUAUUAGUGUGGUGAAUGAAAAUGUUCGCGAGAGCAAACACAGGAAUGACAUAAUUCUCACCCCAGUUUCUUUAGAGAAUGUGGAUAAUGUAUAA